AUGGUAUUGACUGGAAACAAUGAUGAGUUGCUGCAACAGCUUCUAGACACUCUGAAUAAGGCGUUCCGAAUGAAAGACAUGGGAGUUCUACACUAUUUCUUGGGUAUACAGGCCUUUUUUCAUGAUGAAGGUUUAUUUCUGAGUCAAGAAAAAUACACAUUAGAUCUUCUUGUCUCAGCUGGGAUGUCAGAUUGUGCACCAAUGCCAACGCCCUUACCUCUUCAGCUUGAUAAGGUUUCAGGACAGAAUAAGUCUUUCUCGGAUACUACUUACUUUCGAAGCUUAGCAGGCAAACUUCAAUAUCUGACUCUCACACGUCCAGAUAUCCAGUUUGCAGUAAAUCUCAUUUGUCAGAAAAUGCAUACACCAACUGAAGCGGAUUUUAGCUUGCUCAAACGAAUACUUCGUUAUUUGAAGGGAACGUUUCAGAUGGGAAUCAACCUAAGUUCGAAUACAAAUUCUACUCUCCGUGCCUACAGUGACAGUGAUUGGGCUAACUGUAAAGAAACCAGGAGAUCUACAGGAGGCUUGUGUACGUUUUUGGGGUCCAAUAUCAUUUCUUGGUCUGCAAAACGACAUUCUACAAUCUCAAGAUCGAGCACAGAGGCUGAAUUCAGAACUAUGUCUAUUGCAGCUACGGAACUUAAGUGGAUAAGUUCUCUUCUUGACGCUAUUGGCCAUCCUCAACCAUCACUUCCAAAGCUGUACUGUGAUAACUUGUCUGCGGUUUAUCUCACGGUGAAUCCUGCUCUUACUCACGUUCCCAAACACUUGAUGUGGACUUUCAUUAUAUUCGUGAAAGGGUUGCUCAUGGAGCUCUUGUUGUCAAGCAUGUUCCAAGCCAUCAACAACUUGCAGAUGUCUUCACCAAAUCCUUGGCUCAACAACCUUUUUUUGACUUAA